AUGAAACUGUGCACCAAGAAAAGCUCCUGCUGCCUCCUGAGUGCUACCAGAUAUUUCAACUCUCUGGAGCAGGAGGAGGACGAGGAGAUAGUUUUUAUCUGCAGACAUGAAAACAACAAAAAUACACAGCCUGCCAAAUGUUUAUCACUGCUCUCUCAUUCAUCCUUCAGGUUUUGUACACAACGUUUCUGUUUUCUGAUCACUUGUUUAGUUGAGUCCUCCUCCCUGCCCUCCAUGAGCAAUCCUGUGGCAGUCACCUCCAGGGUGGGUCAGCAGGUAGCCCUUCCAUGCAGCUGGAAGCCACGUCUGGGCACGGUGGCCCCGCCCAUCUGUCACGUACAGUGGUCCACCCACACAGAAAUAAUAUACGAGCAGAAGGGCUCUCAGAAGUGGCAGGCAGCAGAGUUUAAAGACCGGACAGAGAUUUCUGCAGAGAGGAUCUUGAUCGGUGAUUGUUCCCUGACCAUAAAUGACCUUCAGAUCACAGACAGGGGAAUGUAUGACAGCUUCAUGGUGAUCAACAAAACGAAGUCGCGGAAAACCAGAGUCUUCCUCCAGAGCAUCGAACUGUCUGUUCUGGAACAUAAAAGCUGGAAGUCACAUGGCCUUGGCGAAGACAUGGUUCUGGAUCUUUACACGGGUCAUGCGUGCAAGGUCAUCUUUCAGGGCAGGAACAGCACUGAGUGGUCCGUCCUGUGGAUGAGGGAGGAUGGAAACAAUCAGCGCCUGGAGAAACACCCGGGGGAAGAGCAGAUAACCUUAAAGAAGAUAACCAGCUCAGAUGAGGGAACAUUUAAAGUUCUGGACAAUCACGGUCUGGUCGUCAGCACCAUGCAGCUCUCUGUGAACGAAAGUGCCUCGGGUCAGAAACACCAUCAGCUCCCCCAAACGCCAGCACCAGUCGGUGAGAAAACAGCAUUUAAAUUGUCAUAUGUUUUAAUGAUCCUUUUAGAGCAGAGGUCACGACCCUGUUCAUGGAAGUCACCUGCAUGUCCACCUGCUGCACCCGGUUUGGUGUUUCCUCGCUCCUAAUUGGCCGAGCACAUCUGACUUGAUUAGCAGUGGGUGGAGCCAGGAGAGAUGGACAACAUGUAGGGCAGGUGAUCUCCAGGAGCAGGGUCGGUAUCUCCACUUGUCCAUCAAUCAUUUCCUCUGUUGAUAUAUUUAGAGAGUAAAGCAGAACCACAGUGGAAUAAUUUGACAGAAUUUGAAAUGAUUCUUUCUCCAGGCGACGCCUCCAAAAACAGGUUUUCAUCUCUCCUCAUCGGAGUCCUUCUUUCUUUAAGUUUUUGAAGUCUGGAUCUCCUCUGA